AUCAUCCAGAGUUCUAUGGCUCGGCCUGCUGGCCCUCCUUUGCCGGCUGCCUGGUGAAAGCCGACGAGGAUGGGAGAACUCGGAGCACUUCCUGGAGCGUGACCGCACCCCCAAAGACACCUUGGGACUUGAUAGACUUUGCCCACGAUGGCAGCACGCCUCCUUGGUAUCUGCGAGGGGAUGAGGCGUGCCAUCGACAUGUGCGCCGCCCUGUGGAGCUCGUGGCAGCUUCAAAGCAUCUGGACUCGCCGACAAAGGCAUACCGCGAUGUUUAUUAUUGGAUGGGAGACGACCUUUGCAAGCGGGGGUCGCAGGCCUUGUUCCAGGAAAUGGACCUUGCUUGGAAGUCAAGGCAGUGGCAGCAGCCCCUAGAUGCCAUUCGGGAAGAGAACCGACAACGCGAGGCCAAAAACUUGCCCUCUCUUGAGCUCGGUGUGCGCAGUUUUGCCCAGCGGGCGUUUGGUACCGCCAAGAGGGCAUCCAGGAAUUUCAAGUUCACAGUGCAGAGGGGUGAUAGCUGGUCAGACUUCAUGCAGUUCAUGUGGCUAGCCACGCAAAGUGGUUGGAGUCCUGCACCUUGGGUGAUGGACUGGGACGACCCCGGCUUUGAUGGCAAGUCGCCAGAGUUCCACGUUGUGUUCAAAGUUCAGGGCAAAGAGCAGCCGGGGAUGGACGCCGGGGGUUUGCGCCGAGAACUGCUUCAAGGGGUCCUCCUUUCUGCGUUGGCACCCAAGGAUGUCGAGAAUGACGGGUACGAGUGCAUCAGGCAUGGCCUGCGCUGCUUGGACGUCGUGAACCAGACGAACUAUUUGCUCCAGCAGCUGCCGUCUGGCUACGCGGUCCCGCCCAUCGGAGAGAUCAAUGCCAGCGCAUCAACAUCAACAGAGAUUGAGGUCUUGUAUUCUUUCCUUGGUCAGUUUCUAGCGCGAGCCUAUGUGAUCAGCACCCUGACAGCCUGUCCUGUGAGUCUCCACCCCUUGAUCUACGAGAGCAGCUUGAAGGGCCAUGCGGUGCAGCCUCAACACAUUCCGCACUACAGCUCCAAUGACACCAUCGAGGCUUGCGAGAACCUUGCGAGCAUUCUUGGUCGUAGAAGCGGGGUCUUGGAGACCUAUGGCUGGCAGAAAUGUGAUGGGGUCAAAGAUCCUGUGUCCAAACGCUACACACAGGCAAGCUGCUAUGAGCCCUUGUACCGCGACAUGGCCACUUGGGAGCAUCUCUACGUGGAGUGGGGGGAAGUGGCCCCAGACGGAGUUCAGCCAACAGACUUGGUACCAUCGAGCAGAGCCCGGGAGUACACUGAGUUGAAGUGCCAACACAGGUGGCACCACGGCUUUGAAAAACCGGUUGACAAGAUUGUGGAAGGCUUUCGCGAGCACAUACACUCCCAAGAAUUUUGGGAUCACAUUCCCGAUGGCGCAAGCUUGAAGCGGAUGGUAGAAGGACAUUCCCAGGUUGACAUGGAAGGGCUGCUGAGCUUUGCCAAGUACACAGGAAACUGGACUACUGAAGACAAACAAGUGCUGAAGGACGCAUUGGAUCAGCUCGGCGCGGAGCAUGUGGAUGAGACAAUGCCUAUCAUCCAUCGGCCGGUAAACCAGUUCCUACACUUCUUCACCGGUUCCUUCAGCGACCCUCCAAAAGGCUGGGAGACAAAUCCAGCCCAAUUUGGGCAGCUGACAGCAAUGCCAGUCUGUGCGCACCUUGAAGCGCACACGUGCUUCAACCAGCUCCUCAUUCCGAAGGGUUGCUUCAAAGACACCACUAAGUUUCUCCAGGUUAUCAAGGAGUCCUUCGUCGAAGCUGGCUACAACAUGGCAUGA